AUGAAAUAUGAUACCCGGAUACCGCGUGAAGAACCUUGCGAUCCUUGGUCAGCCCUUCCCAUUUUGAUAGAAAUCUGGGCAAUCGACCUUCGGUUCUUACUUGAUUUACCGACGAGUCCGAAAUCUGAAUCGGCGAUUGGGACGCUCUAUUUCUACAAGGCCCUUGGCUGGGCGACUGAGAUACAUAAGAGCGCCCUUGGGCUCGAAUUUCGACAGGAGGAUAUCCCAUGUUCUUUGAAAAGUGAAAAUACUUUCGCAGCAGAGGAUUACCAGACAGAUGAGCAGACGGUUCUCGAGAAUCGGGGCAACGAAUCAGGGACCCUCGAGGAAAUCUUAGAAACAGAGCUGAGAGUCGCUUUCGCAGAGCCUCCUCAGGUAGAGAGGGAGAUGGAUUCAAAAGAGAGAGAAGACUCCUCCUUGACGAAGGAGUUUUUCAGAGAACUGCAUUCUGUGAUGACAGACCUUCGCGCGCUCGCGCGAUUCCUUCCUAUAUCUGUCGCUUUCUCAAUGAUCGGUGACCUAAUCGGUGAUCUCUAUGGCUCCCUUUGGACAUUUUCAGCUACAACGCACACUCAAAAGAACUCGUGAAUUCUAAUAUUAGAUUAAAUUAAUAAGGCUCAAUCUAUGAUCACUAUUGAUGCUAUGCGCAACAGAAACACAAUGACAUUAGCAGCGCGUGGAACGCUCUCGGCGGCCGGGGCCGCAUUUCACUUUAACGAAAAUUCUAAAGACUGUUCGUGCAAUCAUGCCUAGAGGCACAACUACUUUAUCCACCCGGACGAGACCAUUGGGCAUAAUUUGGAAUUUUAUGUUUAUGCUAUGUUAUUUUAUCUUGAUUAUAUUUUUACAUGUCGAUCAAUAUUUUCUUCUUAUAUGUAAUCCUUAUAGUCAUCAAUGUCUAAAAAUUCAAGACAAAUUAUAUGAAAUACAUUGAUGAUUUAAUAUUUUUAAAAAGAAAAAAAUAAAUAAUUCUGUCAAAUCUAUUUGUGGGAUGUAUCAAAAUACUUGACGUCAACGACUUGAUAUGUCAAAAUGUCACGAAGACAAUAUCUCACGAAGUAAACGCAGUAAGAGAAUUAAUCAUAUGUAAUUUUAUUAAGCUGACAUUUAGAUUAGCUGCAGAAUAAGAAAUUUUUAGCAGCUCGAAAAUUAUAUCCUACAAUCAAUCAACAUGCUUGAGAAACAGUCCUUAUUUGAUUAUAACUGGAUACUUGUGCUAAUAUUUUUUUAGUGAUUUUGUAACGGAGCGCAUCCUUCCGCUCCGUUCCUCCUCCAGAUUUUCCCCCGACUGACCAUUCGUCGAAGACCAUCAGGCGGAACGCAAAAGGCCUAUUUUUUAAUCUUGUACAUAGUUCGCGAACGCUGAAGCUUGGAGAAUAGAGCGCGGAAUCCACGAAUAUUUUCGUGGUAUUCCCCCCGCGCCGCACCCGCGCCGUACCGACACCGCACCACAAAAAGCAAGCGAACAUCCCGCACUGCGCUACGACCGCGUCUAGAAGCGCCGUAACCGCGCCGUUACCUCACCACCGAACUCUUCCCAACUCCUAGACCUUCUCGCUCCGAAUUCUUAUCUUUCGAAAAAACCAAUUAAAUUGAUCCUUUUUCUCCGCUCCUUGGAGAGGGAUGCUAACCCCCGAGAUCGACCAAUCCGACCGAUCCGAUCGAAAAAUACCGAGGUCGAUCUCGGGUAUAAAAAGGCAUCGCUUUCCAUAGAAAAUCAUCCUGUUCCACG